AUGAGGCAAAGAUUGUGGCCACUUCGAGUACAGCAACAGAUGGCCCCGCUACCAGCUGUGCGAGUUACCCCGGAUAGAGUAUUUUCAAGGUCUGGUUUAGAUUAUUGUGGGCCUUUCAACGUACGUCCGUUAGUUGGAAGGGGUGCCAACGCGAAAGUGUACGUCGCAGUAUUCGUGUGCCUGGCGGUAAAGGCGGUGCAUUUCGAGAUAGUUCCGAAUCUUACAUCCGGCGCGUGCAUUAAUGCGAUCAAACGAUUCGUUUCUCGUCGCGGUCGAGUUACCGAGUUACACUGCGACAAUGGUACUGCAUUCGUUGGUGCCGAUCGUGAACUGCAGGAUCUACGCAAGCAAUAUCUUCAACAAUUUCAGACGGACGAAUGGGAGAACUAUUGUCUGACAACCGGAAUUACAUUUCGCUUUAUUCCGGCCCGAUCGCCUCACUUUGGGGGACUCUGGGAGGCUGGAGUAAAGUCAUUCAAAUUUCAUUUUCGACGAAUAUUUGGUGGACGUUCGUUUACUUCAGACGAGCUGAUGACGACAGCGGCGCAUAUCGAGAGCAUACUCAACUCACGGCCUCUCACGCCGUUGACGGAUCAUCCUGACGAUUUGGCCGUGUUGACCCCGGGACACUUCCUGAUCGGUGAACCGAUGUUUUCGAUUCCCGAGCCCGAUUGCACUGAGCUGAAAAUAACUCGUCUCUCUCGUUUUCAGGAAAUGUGUAGAUCAUUGCAACAUUUUUGGAAAUGUUGGUCCAGGGAUUACAUAUCUCAACUCCACCAACUUGCGAAAUGGAAGAAACCUUGUAACAAUGUACAACUGGGUGCACUUGUGUUGCUGAAACUGGACAACCUCCCACCGUAUUUGUGGAACAUUGGUCGCAUAGUUAAAACUUACACCGGAGACUCUGGGUUCGUACGUGUUGUUUUGGUGCGAACUGCUCGAGGACUGUACAAACGGGCCGUUACUGAGGUUCGUAUACUACCAAUAGAAACUGUGGACCAUUCCCAUGACGGGAUAACAGCAGAUCAUCUGAAUCUCCAGUCAGAAGUUGCAUCAACGGAGGCAAAUGAUGACUUGAUCACCGGUGCCGAACGACAAUGA